UGAGAACUUUAAUCUUAAAGCCGAACAUGAAGUGAUCCGCCGUACUUGGAUAGCUGCCCUGAGACAUUCCCCUUCAAUGAAUCCUUCUCAGCCCCCUGUCUGAAGACGAUACUGACUAAGUCUUGGACAGGACGAUUGCGUGCCCUGAUGGCGUGCUCGAACUACUCCAAGUCUCCCCACUCCGGGUCAAUAUUUGCUGGGAAACAAGCGCGGGGUUUUAUCUGACGACGAUAUAUCGAGGCACACCGUCCUCCGCUUAUGACUAUCUUUAUUCAGAGUCCACAUCCAACUUGACUUCAUAACGACGAGAUGCCUUCAGCGACAACCGAGACUCCACCUCCACUUCGCAGGUGGGAACGUCCGUCGAAGACGGCCCACGAGCUUGACUGGGCCGACAUCAAGGUCAUCGAUAUAUCCACGUUCGAUGAACCAGGAGGCAAGGAGGAAUUGGCCGAGCGACUCCGCGAUGCAGUUCAUAAAACAGGAUUCUUCAGCAUCACGGCCACCGGCCUUUCUGAUGAAGAAAUCCAACGACAAUACGACAUUGGCCAGGCAUUCUUCGACCUACCGGUGGAGAAGAAGAAUCUCGAGGGUUGUCGUUGUGACUUUUCUGUCGGAAAUUAUUUCGGAUAUCGUGCUGCACACGAAAAGAAGAUCAUGUCCACCGACAUUUUAAACAUUGAGGAAUCCUUCAACGUCCCAAAGAUCAUUCCUCACCAUGAAAACGAAGUCCGACAUCAAUUCUUCGAACCAUAUCGUGCCGAGAUUGAGGACUUUUCAAGGAAAGCACUAUCCAUAGCCAGUAAGAUCUUCACCCUCUUCAGCAUCAUCCUGGAAUUGCCCCAAGAUUACUUCUCAUCUCGGCACGCAUACGACUCUCCGAGCGAAGACCACCUCCGGUACAUGGUGUACCACCCGCGCUCGGCGGCCGACGACGCCAAAGUCGAAAACACAUGGUCCCGAGCACACACGGACUUCGGCUCUCUAACACUCCUCUGGAGCCAGAACAUCGCGGGCUUGCAGAUCAAAACUCAGACUGGGGAGUGGAAGUACGUUCCGCCCGUCGACGAGGGGAUCAUUUGUAAUGUCGGUGAUACGCUGGAUUUCUGGUCGGCAGGAUACUUGAAGUCCACGACGCACCGGGUCGUGAGGCCGCCAGAGGACCAAACUCACGUUGACAGAUUGGGGCUCUUUUAUUUUGUGCGUCCGGGUGAUGAGGUUGAUAUCAAGCCUGUUGCUUCACCGUUGUUGAAGAGAUUAGGGCUGGUUGGAGAGAAUCAGGAGGAUGCGGAACCCAUUACUGGUAGGCAGUAUGUUAGGGAACGAGUCAAGAGUUACCAUAAUCAUACGGACUAUGCGAAUAUGAAGGGGAGGAAGUUCCGGAUCGGGAACCUGGAGAUUGAGGAUGAGGCGGAGUGAGAGCUGGGACUACGCUGACCGUAGACAAUGGAGUAGCCAGGUCUUGGACUUACAUUUCGUGUGUCAAGUGAGCAGAUGGGAAUGCGGCACCAAGAAUGCUGGCAUGCCGCUUCGAGAAUACUGGCUUGAUCAAAGAUCGCGAUUGACCGGUGGUUUGCCCUUAGCAUGGAACGUCUUCUCGUAAAGUCGGGGCACCAUCAACCAGCGGCGACAAUGCUUUCCCUUCUUCUUUCUCUUUUCUGGCUAUCGCUCCAUGUCUUUGGCCAGUAGACGCGCUUUCAAGAUGUGAGGUAUGGACAGCGUUUCCUCCUUGCCUUUGUAUAUGCUCCCCUUUUGGGCAUGUCCAUUCUACGGUACGGAUGAAGGCGCGGAUUUACUCUGGGCAGAGUGUUCGCCAUAGUUGGCCCCGAAGGUC